CGCAGGCGCAGUCCUCUUAAAUGAUGCACUGUGGGAUUGCAGGACAUUGACAUAGCAACCAGGCGACAGAGUCACUAAGUUUUUCACUCCUAGUUAGUUUCGUGUAUUUUUUCUUGGUUAAAAGUACUUAGCUUGGCUUUUUAUUUACUACCAUGAAUGCGGCAGUGGUGAAAAAGACCCAGGACACGUUGGGCAAAGUGAUAAAGAAGCCGCCGCUCACCGAGAAACUGCUAAGCAAGCCUCCUUUUCGAUACCUGCACGAUAUCUUCAGUGAGGUCAUCAGGACUACUGGUUUUAUGAAAGGCCUGUAUGAAGAAAAUGAAAUGAAGUCAGACAGUGUAAAGGAUAAGGACUCAAAAAUAGCCUUCCUUCAGAAAGCGAUUGACGUUGUGAUGCUGGUCAGUGGCGAGCCCCUGGCAGCAAAGCCAGCCCGCAUUGUAGCCGGCCACGAACCAGAGAAAACCAACGAGCUGCUGCAGGCCAUCGCCAAGUGCUGCCUCAACAAGAUGUCCAGUGAUGACGCAGUGAAGCGAGUGCUUAAAGGAGAAAAAGUGGACAUUAAAACCAAAGCCAGUACCUCUAGGUCCCAGGACAAGGAGAAUAGGGAGGGACGGGAACAUCAUGUGGAUAGAGAGGAGAAGAAGAAGAUCACAGAGCGCAGCAGCAGCCGGGACCAGAAAGACCCAGACCAGCCCAAAGAACAGGAGAGCCGACGCAGAGAUGGAGAGAAAGAGCACCGUCGUGACAGAGAGCGCUCGGAAAAACACCAUCGCAGCGAACAGGACCGCCAUGCGAAAGACCGUGACAAGGACAAGAGUCGAGACCGGGAACGAGACAAAGACAAAGGACGAGUCAGGGACAGAGACAGAGAGAGAGAUCGAGACAGGGAAAAGGACAAAGAGAGAGACAGAGAAAAGACAAGAGAGCAAGAUUCUCAGAGAGAGAGAGACAAGGAAAAACGAAGAGAUCGAGACAGAGAAAAAGAAAGAGACCGACACAAAGAUGGGGAUGAGAGGAAGAGAAGUGGAGAGAGUGGAAACAGCAAGGUCCGAAUAUCAGAGGAACAGCAAAAACCAUCCCCUGAAGAGCCCAUUAAAACAGCCAAACCUGCACCAGCGCUCACAGAAGCAGCUGAGAACCAGUCUGAGAGUCCAGCGAGAAUACCUCGGCCUGCAUCUGCCAAGGGGCAGCGGCGAAGACCCAAAAUGGGAGAUCAAGAAGAAUCUGACAGUGAAGGCGCAGAUGGAGAUGUUCAUUUAUCCCAGAGACCUGUUCCUCAAGAAAAUGGAGAAGUUGGAGGAUCGUCAGCGUCAUCUGACAUGGCUUCCAGUAGACAAAUAGCACGACCCAGCAGUGCUCGCCCAGCACCUCCUCGAGUCAAGAGACAGGAAAGCUACACUGAUGCGAGCCCGGCUGAGAGAAUGAGUCAGCCUCUUUGUUCGUCUCUAAGGCUCUCUAGUGCCAAGCCCUCGGCACCCGUCAUCAUGGAUGGAAAAAAGAUCGCGGAGGAAGAUGAGGAUGAUGAUGAACAGUUUCUUGUGGAGGAGGCAGUCCCUCCACCCUCAGGUGCUCCUGAAGUGGAGGUGGAACCUACCCAAGAACUAGACAAAGAUGAGAAACACGGUGGCCUCGUGAAAAAGAUCCUUGAGACCAAAAAAGACUACGAGUCGUCCCCGGUGUCCCUGAAAUCUAAAGAACAGAAUUUGGUGUCUGAAGCAGCGCAGAAAAAGGAGCGGGAUAUGGUGACAAAAGAGAUCGAACGGCUGCGCUCAUCCAUUCAGCUGGUGUGCCGUAGUUCCCUACCUUUAGGCAAGAUCAUGGACUACAUCCAGGAGGACAUGGAUGCCAUGCAGGCUGAACUGCUUUCCUGGCGGCGGGAAAACAAGGAGCACGCACAGGCCUUGCUGCAGGAGCAGAGAGCGACAGAUCGGGCAGUGGAGCCUCUUAAAGCUGAGCUAGCUGAGCUGGAGCAGCUGAUUAAGGACCAGCAGGACAAGAUUUGUGCUGUACGGUCCAACAUACUGAAGAAUGAAGAGAAGAUCCAGAAAAUGGUGACUGGAAUCAAGGUCUCCUCCAGAACCUGAACAAGAAACAAGAUGCACAAGAAAACCCCCAAAAACGCACUGAACAUUCAGGUGGGAGUGGGUUCUCAUUCAGAAUAAUGGUAAGGCCAUUUUUCUUGGAGGUGUUGUGGAAUUACGGGACCACUUUUAGGUUUUCAGACCAGGAGAUGGACCCAAAUAUAUUCCUACUCCACUUUAAGAUAUUGGUACUUGAAAGGGCCGCUCGACGGUUUAGAGGUCUGAAACUGUUCCCAAAAAACUAGAUGAUGGAUUGGAAAAAGUGGAUGAUGCUGGAGACAUAGCAGCUGAAAACACUGACAGAUGAAUGAAUAAAUAAAAUGCAUCUUUAUGAUCUGCACACUAACGUAA